CCACCAGCUGUUACUCGCACGAACACAAUAAUCUCCUAAAACUUAUAUUUUACUCUCAACUCGAGUUCUCCUUUUCAAACUCCUGCUCGAAACUUUCACUUUCUGCGCUAUAUGUGUGCAAGAGGCUCGAAGCUGAGCCCUUCUUUAGAAGUGGUCACUACCCAUCAUCCUGCCCUCUCUUCGCUAAACCUCUUAUCAUGCCAGGCCAGUUCUCUCCAGCUGAGCCCCUCUCUGCUUUGGUCAUCCCACCAUCCUGGAGUGCCGGACCCCCUCCUCAGCCCUUCCACUUCCGCUCCCGCACUGAGCCCAUGGACUGGCGCCGCAUGGCAUCACUGGACGUGGAUCGCGUGGCACGAGAGAUGGACAUAAGCGUCCUGCAGGAGUUUAUCACUGCGGUGACAUUCUGUGAUGUUGAAGGGGAGCGGUGCCCCAACUGCCGCUGCCCUACAGACACGGCCCUGCUGAAGGUCCUGCGCAUGUCUCAGCUGAGCACAGAAUACCUGCUGCACUGCCAGGACUACCUGACGGCACAGAUGUCCGCACUGGAGGAGCGCCUGCAGGGGGCGUUGUCCCAGGCCCAGAAGGAGGCAGAAAUGCGAGCGCAACUGGAGAAGGAGCUGCAGGAGGUGAAGCUGGAGAGCCGGCGCAGGAAGAAAAUGAUGGCAACUCAGCAGCUCCUGCUACAGGCCAGCGCCAAUAACUACCACAAAUGCCAGUUCUGUGAAAAAUCUUUCGUCAAUUACUCCUACUUACAGUCACAUAUUCAGCGGCGGCAUCCUGAGAUCACGGACGCAGAGAGACAGAAGAAGAGGCAGGUGGAGCAGAUGGAGGAUGGGAUAGAGGAACUGAAGGAGAAACUGAGGCUGACUCAGGUUCGCCUGGCAGCAGAAAAAGAGGCAGAUGCACACCAUAGGCAGCAGGAGCUGGAGGAGCUGCGGAGGAGAGAGGUAGCGGAGAGGGAGGCCAUAGAGAGAUGGAAAGAGGAGGAGAGGAGAAAAUUUCAGCAAGAAAUUGAGGAACUACGACAGCUAUUUCUGCAGGAGUUUAAAGGCAUAGCAAACAAGAGCUACUCUCUGGAAGCUAAACUGCAGGAACUGGAGAGCAGAGAGGUGCAUGUGUCCAAUGUAAGAGGUGAGGACGAUCAUGAGAAAGAGCGAAGGCGGCUCAGGGAGAAAGAACUGAAGGAGCAGAUGGCUCAGAAGAAGAGUGAGUGGAGGAAGAAACUGAAAGAGGUACAGAACCAUCACCAACAGGAGAAAGAGGAGCUGCAGAGUGAGAAUGCCAGGCUGCUGAAGGCUCUGUCUGUGGAGCACAGCUCCAGCUCCAGUCUGCAUGCUCUGAAGCAGCAGCUCCUCUCUCUCUCCUCUCAGCUCAAACAGAAAGACAGAUUCAUCCACUCGCAAGAGCAGAAGAUUCAGAAACUGUCUGCUACACCAGUCUCAGUAAGUUAUUCAGAGCCACCACCACAUAUUACUCAGGAUGCUCACGACUCUCCAGAAGAAGAGGAUGUUGAUGAUAAAGGGGAGGAAGAUAAAGAGAGGCUGGAGGACUCAAUGGAGGCUCAGCGGAAAGUUCUGGAAUCACUGAGAGGAAAUCAGGAGCUAAUGAAGGAAUUUAGACCCAUCCUAGAGGAGACUCUGGAGGAGAGACUGGAGAAAAUGGGACUGAGGAAGGGCACAAAGGGAAUCUCUAAGCAAACGCUAAAGAGCCUUAGCUCAGUGGUGUCUGCUCAGCAUCUGCAGAGGACCAGGAGCCAGUCAAACCUGCAGGAGCUGAGGGAGAACUUAGUACAGGAGCUAAACCACAGAGUGAGACAGCUGCAAAAGAAUCAGACAAAGUCCACAACCAACAGUUACGCCCAGCAGUGGAGGAAGCAUCUCAGUCCAACAGCGGAAAGAAGCCCUAAAGCCAGACAGACCAGCUCCAAACUCUCCUCUCGGAAAGCCAACACUCAUCAGCCUCCUACACCUGCCCCCCGCUCCAGAGCUCCUGCACACACUCCGACUCCACAAACACGGCAGAAGAAGAGCAGCACCCCACCCUUCAGUUCAGAGGGGGACGAGUCAGCCGAGGACAGCGCCUACAUCACCAGCUCCCGGGGCAAGCCUUCACCUUCCACACACCUCACCCCCUUGGGAGAACAGCAGAAACCCAGCAGUGAGCUGGACUGGUCAGACAGUGACGAGUCAGAUGGGUCAGACACACCAAAAGGUCAGCAGGUGCAUGGUAGUCAUGGUUCGGUCGUACAAACCCUGACGAGGAGCUUGGAACAGCAGCUGAGCAGCUCCAUCACCAAACCUGCUGGUGGAAUCCAAGUGCUUCCUCCAGCCUUUCUGCCUUUCUCUCGACCCGCCAUCAUUAAACAGCAAGCGGUGUCUGAGGAGGAGAGCGAUCUGGAUUUGUCCUCCCUAGAGGAGCCCAUUGCUCUGCCUACAGGAGCACAGAAGAGCUCAGAUGUGGGUGGCACCUCUGGGACGAGUGUGUGGAGCUCAGCAGCCAGCAGGGCAGGAGGGUGGUGAGGUGCUGGAAAUGCAUCUGUUAAAGAGGAAUCUAUUUGUUGAGAUUUCUGCAUGAUUAAAUGGUUAAGAAAGCCAUUUAGAGUAGCUUGAUGUGAAAUGUGCCAUUCUAGAGAAACUUGCUGAGACAAAACUGUUCACAGUGGUGGUGAAAGGAACCAAAACUCUGAGACAUUUAAUGCCACUAAAGGCUGCCUCAUUUGAAAGUUGUUACACAAAGUGGUUACAAAUCUGUUUCCUAACACUUUGGGCAUGAUUUUACAUUAGUUUUACAAAAGGCUUUUGGCCCAAUAUGUAUUUUUUUGAAUACAUGCAGAGUGGAGAGGUACAUGAAGGGCACUGUACACUGUUAGAAAUAAAGCUACUAUGCAGGCACAUUUUUCAU